AUUUUCUAUGGCGUCUGGUUUACUCUAUUGAAGGUGAAGGUCCGCUCAUCUCCGCCAGCAUUCGCUGUCAAUGGCUUUCAGGACUUAUUUUAUUUGAAUGUCUGGGCUUUUAACACUUUCGUCCAAAGAAACCAAUAAUGGAUAUUCUAUGGAUUUUAUGGAUAAUACCCACCGUUAUAGCUGUGGAAGAGACACUAAUGGACUCCACCACAGCGACAGCUGAGUUGGGCUGGACAGUCUAUCCCGUGUCAGGGUCCAAUGACAACAGCGUGAGUUGGGAGGAGGUAAGUGGAUACGAUGAGAACAUGAACACCAUCCGCACCUACCAGGUGUGCAACGUGUUCGACAACAACCAGAACAACUGGGUCCGCACCAAGUACAUUUGGCGCCGGGGUGCACAGCGGAUCCACGUGGAAAUGAAGUUCUCCGUGCGAGACUGCAGCUCCAUCCCCAACGUGCCCGGCUCCUGUAAAGAGACUUUUAACCUGUACUACUAUGAGUCAGACUCGGACACGGCCAACAAGGUGUCCCCGCCAUGGAUGGAGAACCCCUGGAUCAAGGUGGACACCAUCGCGGCCGAUGAGAGCUUCUCCCAGGUCGACCUUGGCGGCCGGGUGAUGAAGAUCAACACAGAGGUGCGGAGCUUCGGCCCCGUGUCCAAACACGGAUUCUACCUGGCCUUCCAGGACUACGGCGGCUGCAUGUCCCUCAUCGCCGUGCGUGUCUUCUACAGGAAGUGUCCUCGCGUCAUCCAGAACGGAGCUGUGUUUCAGGAGACCCUGUCUGGGGCAGAGAGCACCUCUCUGGUGGCAGCGCGGGGUGUGUGUAUCUCCAACGGGGAGGAGGUGGACGUGCCCAUCAAACUGUACUGCAACGGGGAUGGGGAGUGGAUGGUGCCCAUCGGGCGCUGCAUGUGCAAGGCUGGCCACGAGGCUGUGGAGAACGGGACUGUGUGUAGAGCUUGURCAUCGGGCUUCUUCAAGCCUAUACAGGGUGAUGUAUCCUGCAUGCAGUGUCCAAUCAACAGCCGCACCACCAACGAAGGAGCCACUAACUGUGUGUGCCGCAACGGUUACUAUCGCACUGACUCAGAUCCCUUCCAGAUGCCCUGCACAACCGUGCCGUCGGCUCCUCAGAACGUUCUGUCUAUCGUGAACGAGACGUCUCUGAUACUGGAGUGGCAGCCUCCGAGGGAGUCAGGUGGCCGUGAGGAUGUGGUCUUCAACAUCAUCUGUAAGAGCUGUGGAGGGGGCCGGGGAGGCUGCACGCGCUGUGGCGACAAUGUCCAGUUUGUACCCCGCCAGCUGGGUCUGACAGAGCCCCGUGUUUACAUCAGUGACCUGCUGGCGCACACACAGUACACCUUCGAGGUGCAGGCCGUCAAUGGGGUCUCCGAGCAGAGCCCCUACUCACCACAGUACUCCUCCGUCAACAUCACAACCAACCAGGCUGCUCCGUCGACAGUGUCCAUCAUGCACCAGAUCAGUCGUACCGUGGACAGCAUCACUCUGUCCUGGUCUCAACCAGACCAGCCCAAUGGAGUCAUUCUGGACUAUGAACUGCAGUACUAUGAGAAGGACCAGACAGAGUACAACUCAACCAUCAUAAAGAGCCAGACCAACACAGUGGUCAUCCGCGGUCUCAAACCAGGCGCGAUCUAUGUGUUCCUGGUUCGCGCCCGGACCGUGGCCGGAUUUGGCCGCUACAGCGGCAAGCUCUACUUCCAAACCAUGACUGAGGAGGAGUACAACACCAGCAUUCAGGAGAAGCUGCCUCUUAUCAUCGGCUCUGCAGCUGCAGGUCUGGUCUUCCUCAUCGCAGUGAUUGUCAUCGUCAUCGUCUGCAACCGGAGGCGUGGCUUUGACCGAGCAGACUCAGAGUACACAGACAAGCUGCAGCACUACACCAGUGGCCACAUGACUCCAGGAAUGAAGAUAUAUAUCGAUCCGUUUACAUAUGAGGACCCCAACGAGGCGGUGAGGGAGUUUGCUAAGGAGAUUGACAUCUCUUUUGUAAAGAUUGAGCAAGUCAUUGGCGCAGGAGAGUUCGGGGAGGUGUGCAGUGGGAACCUGAGGCUCCCAGGCAAGAGGGAGAUGUUUGUGGCUAUCAAGACGCUGAAGUCGGGCUACACAGAGAAGCAGAGACGGGACUUCCUGUCUGAAGCGUCCAUCAUGGGUCAGUUUGACCACCCGAAUGUGAUCCACCUGGAGGGUGUGGUCACCAAGAGCGCCCCGGUCAUGAUCAUCACUGAGUUCAUGGAGAACGGAUCACUGGACUCCUUCCUCAGACAAAACGAUGGUCAGUUCACAGUGAUCCAGCUGGUGGGCAUGCUGCGUGGCAUCGCCUCUGGCAUGAAGUACCUGGCCGACAUGAACUACGUCCACCGCGACCUAGCCGCACGCAACAUCCUGGUCAACAGCAACUUGGUCUGCAAGGUGUCUGACUUCGGCCUGUCCCGUUUUCUGGAGGAUGACACGUCAGACCCCACCUACACCAGCGCCCUGGGAGGGAAGAUUCCUAUCCGAUGGACAGCCCCUGAAGCCAUCCAAUACAGGAAGUUCACAUCCGCCAGUGAUGUCUGGAGCUAUGGCAUCGUCAUGUGGGAAGUCAUGUCCUAUGGAGAGAGACCUUACUGGGACAUGACCAAUCAAGACAGCCUCAUAGCAACCCUUAGAGAUCUGUAUCUCCCCCUGCAGGUGAUUAAUGCCAUAGAGCAGGACUACCGGCUGCCCCCUCCCAUGGACUGCCCUAGUGCCUUGCACCAGCUCAUGCUGGACUGCUGGCAGAAGGACCGUAACAACCGGCCCAAGUUCAGCCAGAUUGUCAACAACCUGGACAAGAUGAUCCGCAACCCCAACAGUCUGAAGGCCAUGACCCCUCUGUCAUCUGGUGUCCAUCUUCCUCUCCUGGACCGCAGUGUUCCAGACUUCUCCAGCUUCAGCACGGUGGACGAGUGGCUGGAUGCCAUCAAGAUGGGCCAGUACAAAGACAACUUUGCCAARGCUGACUUCACCAGCUUUGAUGUGGUUUCCCAGAUGACUAUGGAUGACAUCCUGAGUGUGAGUGUAACGUUAGCAGGCCACCAGAAGAAGAUCCUGAACAGUGUACAGAUGAUGCGUGCCUCCAUGAACCAGAUCCAGUCUGUGGAAGUUUGACCAUCCAGAGUGGAGCGGAGGAGAGCAGAGCAGAGGAGAGGGGAUUGGGAUGCAGGACCCUGGGUGCACGGAUGGAGUGGAUAUGUUUUUGCUUGACCGUGAAUCUGGGUUUCCUACCAGACUACCGUCCAUCCCCGGUCCCCCCUUCCAAUCCCUCUCCUGUCCUCCUCUAUGCCCUCAUCCAAAGUCCCCCCAACCUUCGGGAUCAGCUUUGGAAGGUUGUGGCCAGCAUGUCUAAAUGACCAGACGUCAAUCAACGUGGCUCACAACCGUCCAUCUUGGAACCAGGAUCAUGAGAGGUUACUGACCAGAGACAUAUUUCUACUACCAUCUUCCACCCAUGUUUUUUAUUUUAUUUACGUUGAACUUUUAUGUUUGUUUUAAGAAUUUUGUAAAGAAUUUUGUAAAGAAAAAAAAGUUAAGAACUUUAGGAGUCUAUAGAUGGUAUACAAUUGUAAGCUAGGUGAAAUGACUAGAAAGGCUACCCUUUACAAAGGGCCACAGACAAGAAGACAAUGAAAACUGGGUGAUUUAAGACCAACACUCUCAAAAUUAAUCUGAUAUAUUCUUUGUAAACUAGGUGAACUGACUUCAGAAACACAAACGCAACAUAAAUAUUUGCUGCCUCCCUGAAGGCAAACAGCAGAAGAGACUGAGGAACUUGAUCUAUUCCCCUGUCGUUGAUUUGGGACGUAACAUAAGUGUGAGCACCAUGAAAUGGACCUGGCAGAAACUACUGACAUGAACAAAUUAAAGACAUUCAGUUAUCUACCAAUUCAAAAGUAAGGAAAUGUAAACAAAAAUACAUUUUCUCAUAUCAAGUAAUUUCCUUUUCUGUGUGAAAAUUGUGAUGAAGAUUUCCUCUCACCAUGCUUCCUCUCACCGUGGGAAAAUUGAUKUUUUUUCAAUAUUAACAUAACCUGCCAAAUGGAACAUCGUCCCUGUGUACCUCAGAUGACGUCAUGAUCCUGUACACAUCAGAUGCACAUGACAUUGGGACUGUGAUGUGAUCACUAUGAGCCGGACAUAGUUACUAAUACCUGGAAGUGAUGGAUUUGCAUUUUUCUUAGGGUGACUAUAGGGAGGUUUUUAUCUGUUGUUAUUAUUAUUCAAUUUUUGGGGCAAAAUGUUAGUUGUGGAUUUUGAAGAAUCAGUGUCAUAAGCAGCAAACAUACAGUACUUCCUCCAUGGAUGUAUAGUGUUUACGUAGAAGGAGUGCACAUAUGUUUUGGUCCUCACAUUGUCUUGAGGUUUCCCUGUGUUUUCAGCUUCACCGUGUGCAUGUGUGUGUGUGUCUGCGUGCGUGCCUGGUAGACGGGUGUAUAUGUGUGUUUGUGUAUGCGUGCGUGUUGCUAAAUGUGCUCUGUGGCACAAAGCAACGGCUCCCAAAGCUGAGCGGGUAGUGUUUGAUAGCAUGCUGAGUUAAUGAUUGAUUUCACAGAGCUUUGAUUUGUUACACUUUACAAAAUAUAAUGCGCUUACAUUAUAUUUAGCUUUUUUCUUCCAGAUUGUUUUCCUUUUAAAAUAAUUUUAUAUUGAAGUGUUAGGGUUUUAACACCACUGGUGGUUAUCUCACAUUGGUAUGGUCACGGACAAAUCUUUUCACAACAGGGCAGUAACAUUAGCAUGGGAUAGUGGAUUAUUUUACGCAUAUUUUUAUUAUUAUUAUUGUACAUCGUGGAUGAUUGACAGCUUUUCCAAGUAGUCUCUUGGCAGGAUAUGUGAACGCAGAUCAUACUGGACAAUGGACUUCAAACCCGAUGACUAUCUGGAUCUUCCAUGCUCUUUUGGAAUUUUAGGAAAUCAUUAUUAUGUUGGUGCUCACAAAUUGUAGAUAACUGGAGUCCUUGAGACUUCUAUUUUCAUUUUAUAGAUACGUAUUGCAUUUACUGUAUGGCUUCUGUGAAAAACGGCCUGAUGAACGGAGAGCUGUCUCUCAUUGUCUUUGUUGUUGUGGCCGAUGUGUUGUUUGAGGGGUUAGGGAGCCUGAUGGGUCUGUGCUAGUUAAAAUCCAUGGAUUCCCCAGAGAUGGUAAAACACAGAGUUACAUCACUACUGCAGAGCUCCUAAUGGGCAGAUCCACUGAGACAGGCCUAGUACUCAAUACAGACUGAUGAGCCAGACAUGGAGCUCCAGCUGGUCAGACAUGUCCAUUCCUAGUGGGAGUCCACUGCCUGAUCACAGCCCCACUGGCCAGACAGUGGUUCCCUCCAUCUCUCCUCAGAGCUAAACACAUGCCUCAGAUCUAUCACUCUUCUCCUCCCACUGUUCUCUGUGCUCUGCUUUUUCAGAUCCAUUGCUUUGUGACUCUGCAUGUUGUCAUGUUGACAGACCAGACUGCAUUUAUGUAGAUAACACACAACCUGUGGGCCCCAUAUUGGUUUCACAGCAGGUGGCUAUGUAAGCAGAGGUUCUUCCACAAAAGGUCAUCCUUCCAUAUACAUCAUCAGGUGUCUGCUGUCCGUUUUAAGGCACUUUGCUGUCUGAGCAGAACAGGAGAGGUGUCCUAUGUAGGCCAUAGCAUUAGACCCCUAAACACAGAAUGCGUGAAAUCCUGCCUUUACUCUCGUCUGUCAGUUAGUCCCCAUUUCAUUCCACCCACUAACCCACAUAGCCGUCCAGAGUCUUAAUAAACGUGGGCAGGAGCAUUGAGGUUUUGAUCCAGCUUCUGUAAUAUCAUCCUCCCUUUAGUUUUCCGUCAACAUUUCUGUGCGUCACCAUGCAUAUUCCAGUGCAGACUCCAUGACAGAUGAAACAGCAGGAAGUGCAUCACUCUAUUAGUCACUGCCCAGAGUAAAAGGGGCAGCGAUUCUGUGACCCAACUGUCACUGAUGCGACCGUGCAGUUUCCUUUCAAAAAGAGCUCAAAAAGUACUUUCUUCCUUUCCAUUGCACAACACUUUAAUAUUUAAGGGCACCUCAGUGAUAUUCAGUUAAGCCCAGGCAGCCUGAGUCAGUCUUCCCAAGAUAUAGACAGAUAUCCCACUGUCAGAACAAGAAGUGGCAAUUUAUGUUCAAGAAAGCAGGCCCUGCAGCACAGCACUAGUAUUUGUGCUGAAGACGGUGAUAAUCAUAGGAAGGUGAUUAAGGUGAUUAUCAAGUGAUUAAAAGAGCGGUGUGUAAACAAAGUGUGCUUCCACAUGUGACGUUCAAUCAAAAUACAUUACUAGAUGAACUAAAACAUUCAGCAAUGGUGGACUCGUAUUUAGAGUGAUAGGAACAUGAAUAUAGGUAGUAAUAAAGUGGUUUUCUUUUAUUGCAUCGCUCUUGGAAGCGUAAGGAGUUGAGUCAACACAUGUUUAUUGGUUGCACAGCGUGGGGCCAUGGUGACUGCUGAAAGCACUGUGUAAUGUAUUUAUUUAUUCUGCCUCUGAACCUAAUGGCACAAAGAAACCCUGUUUAUAUACCGAUAGUUCAUCCAGAGCUAUCCUUUGCUAUUGGCCGCAAUAAAAGCUGUCAUCCCUCUUUCUUUUAUUUUUAAGACAUUGAUAGCCUCCUUUUAAGAACAGUGCAGCUCAGUGGUACUGUUUCAUAGCCCAGCCCUUCUGAUAAAACCCCUUGGCACAGUCGCCCUAUCUUGGCCUGUUAUAAUGGACCUAUAGUAAGUGAUUGAUCAAUCUGGUGUGAUUAUGAUGGGUUUAGUUCAGAAUAGAUUAUUCCCACAUUGUAAAGUUUUUUAGACUUUGCUGUGUGAAUCCAUGAUGGUCAUUAUCUCACUGGAUAGUUCUCUCUGGUGUACAAUGCAAGUGUUUAAAGCACCACCCUAAGUACUGUAAAUGGGUUACUUUAUACAUAGAUGGCAUCAAGGACAUUUUUGCAUUGGUGAGAUUUUGCAGCUCGUUGAAGACGAGUAUAAGCUAAAAUAGAAUAAAAACCACAGCUUUUUGUUGAAUGAUAGUGUUUUUUUUCCUCCCCCAAGACCACUGAAAUAACAGCCAUUUUAAAGACAGUAAAUGUACACUUCUUCAAAGCACUUAUCAGUGUUUCUAUGUUUUCAUUUUUCAUGAGGAAGAAAAUCUCUGAAACGUCUGCUCCGUUUAUAUAAAAACAAAAAAAAGACUAAAUAUAACAUUUGGCUACCAUCGUUGCAUAUUAUUUAACAGUGCAGGGCAUCUACUUCGUUCUCUCCUUUUUCAAUGUCCAGGCUCAUGAGACAGAUGGAGGAAUGAUGUCUAAAGUGCAUAAUAAUGAUAUAAUAGCAUUGAGACCAGAAUACAUAUGUUUGUUACAGUAAGGGUCUUUAUUUGGAAUCUCAGAUAACUUGCUGUAUCACAGAACUCUGUCCUCUGCUGUUUUGUACAUCUAAAACUCUCGUCUUUGUUUCAAUGGCUUGUAUCUGCAGAUACUGUUGAUGUUUUACUGUCAAUGUCAUGAUAAGUAAUACAUAACAAUCCACCCUCUUUUAUUUAUGAAUCAAAACAAAACCAAUGUAUCUGAGAUGUUGAUUCAAUGCACUGUGGACGCAAAGAACAAUUUCCAUUCUGUGUUCCAAUUUUUUAAGGACGGACGGAAACCGUUAUGUCUCAGUGUUAGAAUGACAUGACAGUGUGCAUAAACACAAGCUGUGCCUGCUCGUACUCGUUGGUCUGUGUUUGUGCACCAUCCAAAUAUGUCUCGAGCAGCAGUCUGCCUGCCUGUCUUUGUGGCAGUCAGUUCAGUGUGUAUAGAAAAUGGCUCCUGUMGAUAUCUUUUACGUAAAGCGUUAGAGCUCCCUCUGCUGACACAGUGGCUAAUAGCAGUCUAGUUGUGACAAAUGUCCUUAUGUUCCUUGCGUUGUCUUAUCCCCCCACUUCCCCCUUCCACCCCUAUCUCCCCACCUCUCUGGCUGUUGGUGAAGAUAGGCUGGGGAUGGCCCUGUCUCUCUUGGCCUGUUGUAGCCCUCGUAGACCAGUGCCGGCCCUGACCACUGUGACUGAUGUGGGAGGUCCUGUAUUUCUGUAUAAAUGUACAUUGACUGUAAUCCUGUGAAUGAUGUAACAAUUUCAUUAUUUGUAAUAUUGUUAUUGGUUUUAUUUUCUAAAAUGGAAAGCCCAACUCGACUCUCCUCAAUAAAAAAUUAGAUCUGUUAUACCACUCUA